GAUGAUCGUAUUGGAAUGAUGUUUUCCAAGUAUAGUACUGCCAAGGAGGUGUGGGAUUAUUUACCAAGUGUUUAUCAGCAGUCCAACUUUGCCAAGUCAUACGAGUUGGAACAGCUAUUCAGAGCGCUUGUCGGCAAGAUCAGACUAUUCAAAGACCUCUAUAUUGAGAUGACAGGUCUCUGGGAUCAGUUGGCUCUUAUGGAACCACCUAUUUUCAAGAUACUGGACGCUUUUAUUGAGUUUCAGGAGCAAGGUUGUUUAGUGCAGUUCUUAAUGGCUCUCUCCCCUCAAUAUGAGGCUAUCCGAGAAGUUGGGCGUAUUGGUAUUGGUAUUUGUUAUGACAUCCGGUUUCAGGAACUGGCAAUGUUAUAUGCAGCUAGAGGUGCUCAUUUGAUCUGCUAUCCUGGUGCAUUUAACAUGACGACAGGACCAUUGCAUUGGGAGUUAUUGCAGAGGGCAAGGGCUGCUGAUAAUCAGUUAUAUGUUGUAACUUGUUCACCUGCUCGUGAUGCUGGUGCUGGUUAUGUUGCUUGGGGCCACUCCACACUUGUUGGACCUUUCGGAGAAAUUUUGGCUACUACGGAACAUGACGAGGCCAUAAUCAUAUCAGAGGUUGAUUAUUCACAAAUUGAGCUCAGGAGGACAAGCCUUCCAUUGGAGAAGCAGCGCCGAGGUGAUCUUUAUCAGUUGGUGGAUGUUCAGAGGCUCAACUCCUGAACAAUAAUACUAGUUGAUUUUAUUUGAUGUGCAGAAGAGAUUUCAUCACUGAGAUGCUAUGUACAAUAGUAUCUAGUAUUUGAUAUUUUGGUGUAAUUGAGAUUUGUAAGGUUCUGCUUUACCAUGUGGAGAACUGAAUGCUGAAAACGUAUGCAGAAACUAUAAUUUCUAGCAGAAAAGAUUGUUAGUUCCUUGGUUUUCAUAGGUUGCAUACUUCUUAUUUUUGUGUGACUACAUACUCCCGUAUGGAAAAUUGGUUGGUAUAUAUCUAUAUCAAUUCUAUUAUAUAAA